ACGAAGCCAAAAUGGACGUGCUUCCUGUGUGAAACGCAUGAUGAGAGAGUAUGUUAUAAGCAUAGCAACAGUAAAAAACGUUUCACUCACCUUAUGAUGGAACGAAACGAUAUUGCAGAUGACUUUUCACCACCUGAUGAUGAUUUUCACCUGCCUAUUGUGGACAAUAUUGACCACUUGGACUUUUUACACGAUGAUGAUCCGCUUGAUCAACCAUUCUUUAUUCAGAGAGUUAACUCGGACGAAAUUGUUUACCAGCCGCGGCGUAGACGGGCUAAAUUGAUUGGCAAAUAUUUGAUGGGAGAUGUGUUAGGAGAAGGAUCUUACGGGAAAGUGAAAGAAGUAUUAGACACGGAGACCUUGUUCCGCAGAGCAGUGAAGAUUCUGAAAAGAAAGAAAUUGCGGAAAAUACCUAACGGAGAACAAAAUGUUCAGAGAGAAAUACAGAUGCUAAAAAGGCUUCGUCACAAGAAUGUCAUCCAGCUUAUUGAGGUUCUUCACAAUGAAGAAAAACAAAAAAUGUACAUGAUUAUGGAGUACUGUGUCAGUGAGUUGCAAGAAAUGCUGGAAUGUGCUCCAGAUAAAAAAUUUCCUAUUUGGCAGGCACAUUGGUAUUUCUGUCAGCUUGUAAAUGGUCUGGAAUACCUCCAUAGCAAAGGCAUUGUGCAUAAGGAUAUAAAGCCAGGCAAUCUACUGAUCACACAAGAUGAGGUGCUCAAGAUCACAGAUCUUGGAGUGGCAGAGGCUUUAGACGUAUUUGCUGUAGAUGAUACAUGUCGGACAAGCCAGGGUUCACCAGCAUUCCAACCUCCAGAGAUUGCAAAUGGUCUUGAUACCUUUCCUGGCUUUAAAGUUGAUGUUUGGUCAGCUGGAGUUACUUUGUACAACAUCACAACAAGCUUGUAUCCCUUUGAAGGAGACACUAUAUACAAAUUAUUUGAAAACAUUGGAAAAGGACAUUUCACUAUACCAGAGGGUGUGGAUAGUCUUAUGGCUGACUUAUUAAGAGGUAUGCUAGCCAAAGAUGCUUCAGUGCGCUUUUCACUGCAAGAAAUAAAACAGCAUGACUGGUUUCGGAAGAAGCACCCACGGACGCCAGAGCGUGUUAACUUUCCUCCUCACCCAGAAGGAGGAGAUAUUUUACGAAGUAUGACAGUCAUCCCAUAUCUGGAGGCCUUGCAUAACCCAGCAUCCCCUUCAUUAGACCAAGAUAAUGCUGAAUUUGAGGAUAUCGGUACAUACACUUAUGCUGCUUGUGGUGAGAGUUUCCCAGUGGUGAAAGAUGGUGUGAUUUUUAAUGAGAGUCGGAAUUCAGAAUCUGCAGUUGUUGUGAACCAAAUGCCAGAGACAACCAGUAACCCAGGGAAAUUUCACAAAAAGUCAAAAAGAAGGACGUCUGGUAGGUUUGGAUUUGCUCCAUGCAAGCAAUCUUGAUAAUUGUUUUCAAAUGUUCUGUACAUGAUACCAAAUGACAUGUCAGAAUCUCCUGUACUAAUGAAUUGAAAAGAAAUGGCAUGACAUUUGUGAUAAGAAUAGUGUUAUUAGUGUGGCAACACAUCUCAAGACAGCCACCCCCUAUGAAAGACAUAGGACAGUAUUUUCUGCUUCCCUUACUACCCUUCGUACAAGUAGACAUGUGUAAAGGCAGCAUCACUACUUCAUGUGAGGAUGUCAGAGGUGUAUGUGCCAGGACUUUUUUUGCAUUUAAGCUUGAUUUUCAUGCUCUUUCAGGCUGAUAAAAUUUCACUUCAUCCCUACUGUCGGACUUGCAUCUAUUUCUCAAUAUUAAUGAAUUGUGUAGGUGAAAACAUAUUUUGCAUCAUUGAAGUCUUGGAGAUUUUUUGGAGGGUGUGUGGGGUGUAUGGAGAGAAUACCUGCUUAAACUACUUUGACAACAAUAGCAGUAAUCUGUGAAAACACAUUUAAAGAAUGUUGAUAAUUGUCAUAGAUCUUUCUGAUCAUCUGUAGUUUUCAGAAAGAAAACUGAUGUUUUUACUGUUUGGUUGUUACAUGGAGGCAAACAUGGUAUAUGCUUUGUGUACCUACGCGUGUGGAUGUGCCUGUGUGCAUGCUUAAAUGUGUGAGAAUGCUUUGUAACUACUUUGAUACUUCAUAGUGUAUUGUAUUACAUAUACAUGUUUGCAGCUUGUGAUUAAUGAGAUGGAACAAAGAGAGUAAGAUGACUUGAUUGUACAGAUUGCAUUCAUGUACAUUUAAGUCAUAAACUGAAUUUUUAAAAACUGACUGAAACAGUUGGUGAUAAUGUGAUUUAUUUGUUGUUUAUUUAACUGUUGAUGGAACUUUUGAAGAGAUUCAUUGUACACUUUAACUGGGGAAACGAAUUGUCUUUUGUAUUUGCAUCACCUUCCACUACUCUCACUUUUUCUAGUGUGAGCAUCCCACUCUCACAUUCUCAAGUGUAUCUCACUAUCACAUUUUCUAGUGUAUCUCACAUUCUUUAAUGUUAGUAUCCCACUCUCCCAGAUGGUGAGAAAUCUUGGUGUGACCAUUGUUACACCACUCUUAUUAGAGAAUCAUAUAAAUGCAGUAUGUUAGUUUUUGUAGAGCUUUGCAGAAUUCGCUAUAUGAGACCUUUAUUGAUAGCUUCAAUCAAAAAAUUUUUCCAACUACUUGUUUGUUAAGCUUCCCAACAGCAUGCUCAACCAGCUUCAAAGAGCACAAAAACCUACCCACAUUGUCUUACAAACCAGUCUUGACCCCACUCUGAUUGCCUAAGCGCCCAUGCCUGCAUUGACUACAUUGGCUUCACUCUAUCAUUGUCUCCAUGACUUUGCUCCAGGAUAUCUCAGAUAUUAAAACCUUAUCAGAACGCUCAGUCUCUCCAACCUGCUUUUGCCAAAUUUCUGCAUGUGGCACACAUCAGACAGGAUAAGUUCGGCUGCCAUGAUUGGUUUUUUUUUAUCCUAGCCCCAUUGUCUGGAAUGCUUCUUGUGCCAUUGAUACUUUCAUGUCUGGCCUUAAGAUUUAUUUUUUCUGGGAAUAGUUGGUGGCUUUCUCUUCUCCUUAUUUAUAACUUUAUUUUUUGUGUAGGAACCUUUUCAUGUGUGGGGUGUUGGUGUGUGUGUGAAAAAGAUCUUGUUCAGCAAAAGUGCAUUGAGCUUGUUGCAGAAAAAUGCACUAGAGAAAUGCUUUUUAUAAUUAUUAUUAUUUAUACUGGUUUAUAUAUGUUCCCAUCAGUCUAUUAAGUUUAUCAAGCAUUUGUGGUAAACUGCUUCUUUGGAUGCAAGGUAAAAAAAUGCUUCAGAAAGCACCUAUUGGCUGGAAUUAUGAUCCAAAGCACUGCAUCUCUAAUGACCCGCAGUGAUUUUUAUGAGGUAAGCUUAAAUAAUAUUUUGUAAUCAUAAUCACAAAAACAGAUUGAUCUGCCCUGGCAUACUUAUUUUUUCCUGGGUACAAGGCACAUCCAGAAUAUGACAACCCGUUAGAUGUUAAGUGCUAAAAGUCAAGAACAGUAUGUUAAUGCUUACCUACAUUUUUAAAUGACACUGUGUCAACUUAAGCACAAAAAUUUUGUUUCACCAAAGUAGCACUUUAUAUUCAUAUGAAAUUCACACUUUAGAGAUGGUUAUCAUUCUUGACAAGUCCUGCUUAUGUAAAUGAAAGUGUUGGUCUUAAGACUGGAUUACCUUUUCUGUGCCUUUUUUUUUUUAAACCAAUUGGUCCUGUGUGAAUCUUUUCAAAUUAAUACAAUAGUGGUCAAAGUUACACAGUACAUCACCAGUGCCCAGUGAGUUAAAGGUUAAUUAAGCCUUUCACAGUCAUGCACACAUUUUUUUCGCAUUUUUUUUAGCUGCCGAAAAAAAAAAAUUAACAUGAAGAAAGAAAGGUUAUUAUAUUACACAAGGUCAGGGCCAGUUGUACAACAUGUUUCUAACUUUUAGGCCUAUUUAGUUAAAACAGCUUUAUAGAAAGCUUCUUCUAAACACUGUGCAUAAUACACUUAAAGAACUUUUCUUAUUAAAAUAAUUUUAAAUAAAAUAAAACUGCUGAAGUAGGAUAUGUGCAUCUUAUCUGCAUAUGCUAAUGUAAAAAUGUUGGCUCCUAUGGAAAAGCAGCAAAAGGAAAACUUUUCAUACACAGUGGGAGCAGAACUAUUGAAUGGAUAUUUUUAGUUGUCAAAUUCAAGACUAGCAGAUAAAAUUGCAUGUGUAGCAAGCACAAUGAGUGCAGUGGGAUGUGAAUGUAUCAGAGUGUAAAUAGAUCACAUGAUUGGACAGGCCAGCUUUGUCAUCCUCCACCACUUGCUUGGCAAUAGAAAUUCUUUUGUAAAAUUACCGUGGUAAUGUACAUAGUACAAAAUGUUAAAAUAUAGUUUGCAAAAUUAUAUAAGAUUGACGAUUGAACAGGCACAGCAUAUCCAAUUACAAUUCCCUUUUAUUUUUUUUUUCACAAGCCCUAUGCUUUUGUCAGUAGUCGUUGCAAUCUUUUCCUUUAUUCUGGUGAUAUUGGUUUGUUGAUAUUCAAAGAUUAAAACCUCUGAUAAAAGGUGACCAAACAUCCUGAUUUAGAUGGGACAAUCCCGCCUGCUUAUAAAAUGUCUUGGUGGGAUGUCGAAUGUCCCACUUUCAUCUAAAAAGUAAUCAAUGUCCGGCUUGUAUUUAAAAAUCUGAUUACUGUACAUUGAUUUGCAUCCGUGCCUUUGGUUUGGGCUUUUGCCUAUUGCCGUUUGAUUACUAAUUUCACAUUUGUCUCCCAGUUUACUGCCUUUUAGUGUUUCAUCCCACAUCCCCUGUCCCGCUCGCUGUUCACUUGUCGGUGAUGACACCCUGAUCGGCACGCAUCCCUCUUUCCCUCCCGAAACGUCUGGUCACUUUAUCUGAAGCAAUUUCUUGUUCAAUUUCUUCCUUGGGUCUCUUGUUUAAAAGUAAACAACUCAAGUUCUUUCCUGAAGCUAAACAUGAAAACUCAAAGGUGUUUUAAAUUUAGAAAAAAAAAUGUUUAAAUUUUUUCUAAAAACACUCAUGCAAUUCAUUUAAUUAUGUAAUAGCAAUUUUGUAAAAAUUAUUUUAAAGUUAGAACAGUUUAAAAUUUUUAGAAACAUGCAACUGGCUCCAGGAGAGUAAGACUGAAUAAAGGAUAGUUAACAAUUGUUGCUUGGUUGUUCAUGACCACUAUGCACACACUUCUCUUUGCAUGGUUUUGUAAAUGGGUUUUUUAAUUAUUAAAAGGCACAAAGUUUAUAAGAAAACUGAUUCUAGUGGUUAUGCAAACAUCAUGCAGCAAGAUGUCUGCAUGCACAAGCUUUUUUGAAUCUCUGUGAGAUUGUUUUUAAUGACUGGGUAAAGCUCAGUCCAAAGCCAGUGUGAGCUGGGACCAUGGUUAAUUAGUCAUAUCUGUGGACAGAUAUGACCUCAUGCAUUUGACCUCUUUCUAUGUAUAGUGAUGCUUAUUGGCCCAUUCAUUAGAGAAGCCAGUGCACUCUACCAGACUGUAGGAAACACAUUGAUACUUGCAUAAAAAUGUCUUCAUUGUUCAUUAUAUAAGAAUGGUUUGGGGUGGAAAGAAUGGGAACAACUUUGGUAAGCAUGAUGAGAAAGGAAGGGUACUUAUGCUUUUUAUUCCUAUAACUGAUUCAGUAUUGUACACAAUUUGCCAUAGUCUCAUAUUUGAAAAGGCCUUUGUCAGGAAUCUCCGUACCCUGAGGAAAGAGACGUGGCCACAACAAGCUGUACGGGCCGGUGGAGUCUCUGCAGAAGACCACCGAUUUCAUAUCAAGAGCUGGUCUCCAAGUGUGAAAGAGGCGAACGACAAAAAAAAAAAAAAAAAAAAAGUCAGAGCCUUAACUCAGUUAAAGAGUAUCAUUUUAAAAGUUAAAUUGAUUUAAUAGUAGAACAUUGAAGAAUCUAAACUUCACUACCUGAAUUUUCUCUAAUUUGUAAUCUGAUCUGAAGUGACAUUGUUGUUUGUUGUCUAAACCCAGAAUGAUGUACAAUGUUUGAUACACUGUGUAAAAUAUUAUCCAGAAUUAUCAUUUACUUUAAGGUUCUGAAUAGUCUACCAUCCUGAAUGAAAUCGGACAGUCACAAAGUAUACCCUGGGGAAAGUGGGAAAAUUAUAAAAUGAUUAAUUAAUGACUUCAACUGUAGUAGAAAUCACUGACUGGAGAGGUUUGGCUAGACCUGUAGGUGCAACAUUGAUGAUUAGAUAUUACUCGUGUGAAUCAACUUGUGCUUCGAUUGUUUUUUAAACUUUAAAUUGUAGUUGUAUUUUGCUGGUGUUGGCUGAAAUAGGUACUAGAAAGCUCAGGGAAAACUCAUAGAAUGUGUUUUAAAACAAAAAUUCCAAUAAAAGAUCAUGUGACUCCAAAGUAUUAGACAUGAAUGGGCAUGUCAUGUCUUAACACAUUCUGCAUUGCAAUAAAAAGGGUAGGAUGUUGAAUUCCCUGCAGAAACUGUAUAACCUAAUAAUAAUGACAAUAAUGGAAGGUGCAAGCACAGCAGACCAGAAGAGGGACAAGCUUUUCAUGCUUUUUCAUGUGAGAAUCAUAAAUUUACUGCAUAACAUGAACAAUCUUUCAUAGAAACAAAACCAGCAACAUGACACUUAGCUGUUCAGUUGAAAACAUAAUACACUUCUUAAACAGCUGUACAAUCAACAAUGUAACAAGUAGAAAAUCUGAACGAAAAAAGGAAAUUGCAAAAGAUCAAAUUGCAUCAAACCCAUAUCCAAACUUAUCAGCAUAACAAAAAUCUGCAUUAGCAACAGUACCAAUUGCCAAGUUCAAAAAGAUUUGGCACAGCAAAACCAUUAGGGUUGCUACCAGAUACUAUAGAAGUCCAUCAUAGUUCACAUCCUGCUCUACAAGAUGGAAGAUGUUUACUCUGCUUGCUGAUAGCAGGAAAAAAAAAAAUCCAGGCAUCUGAAACUUGACAUUGCUCUAAAUUUCAUACCAGAUGUACAGACCACUUUCACCAUCCUGGCAGGCGUUUCUAGCAACAAUAAAAAGCAGCAAGCUAGUUUGGCCUUGUGAGCCAAGGAAGAGAAAGAACUGACUGUCAAACACAGAGUAGUGGCCUGAUUAUACUGUGCUUUCCAACACUCAGAAAAAGCCUCUGAAGAUCCAUCAGCUAUUCAUUAUCCUCCCUUGUUGACUAGUAAGAGCUAUCCAAUACAAGUUGAGGCAGUAAAUGAAUGAAAGGAUCUACCCUAAGUCUAUCCAGCAUUCAUUUUGAGGAAUGGAAACAUCCUGUUCAAAUUUAGCAAAAUAUCUACAGAAUCUUUUUCAGUGCUAACAGAGAACAAUAGAUCAUAUAAAUGUGUUUUAGCAUGGCACAAAAGAUACUCAGGAUAUCUAUGAUGAAUGUUCUGUUCUGGGAAUGUGAUUUUUUUAUGAGUGUAAGGGACAAAUAUAAUUCAUUACAUGUGCACAUAGAAUUAUGAAAUUUUUAAUAAGUAGUCUUUGCAUUAGACUUGUAAUGCCUAUUUCAUGUAAUUCCUCUAAAGAAAUUGUUGUCUCCAACAUAUACUACUAGGCUGAAAUGCUACAGAAUGAUAACAGUCCGACUAAAAUGCAUAUAAAACAUUGGGCAUUUCUUGUUAUAUUUUUGAAGAUGUAUUUGAAAUAAA